UCGGCGCUUCCAGCAUGCUCCUAAGAUGGCGGUAGCGGCGGCGGGCGGCGGCGGGGGCGGCCGGGCGCAGCGCAGCGGCUGGCUGGAAGUUUUGGUGCGGGAGCGCUGGCACAAAGUGCUGGCCAACUUGAGCGGCGAGGCGCUGGUGCUGAGCGGCGAGGAGCGCCCCGACGGCGCGGCCCACAACGGGCUGGGCGGCGAUGGGACGGCGUGCCGCGGGGCCGAGGGCGGCGGGGGGGCGGCCGCGGUGCGCACCGCCUUCACAGACCCCCCCGAGCAGGUGCCCGAGGCCGUCUCCAACAAGAAGCGGUGCGUGAAGGUGCUGAAGCAGGAGAUGGGCGGGCUGGGCAUCAGCAUCAAGGGAGGCAAGGAGAACAAGAUGCCCAUCCUCAUCAGCAAGAUCUUCAAGGGACUGGCAGCCGACCAGACCCAGGCCCUCUACGUGGGCGAUGCCAUCCUGGCCGUCAACGGCACGGACCUGCGGGAUGCCACUCACGACGAGGCGGUGCAGGCGCUCAAACGGGCCGGCAAGGAGGUGCUGCUGGAAGUGAAAUACAUGAGAGAAGCAACCCCCUACGUGAAGAAAGGCUCCCCUGUGUCGGAGAUCGGGUGGGAGACGCCUCCCCCCGAGUCCCCCCGCUUGGGCUGUGCCUCUGCUGACCCAAUGUCGCAGCUUUCACUCUCCAUCCACAGAGACAAGAAGACAAUACCACUCAAGAUGUGCUAUGUAACACGCAACAUGACAGUGUCAGACCCUGAAAACAGAAUUAUUGAAGUUCAUUCACCUGAUGCCAAGCACACCGUGGUGCUCAGGAGUAAGGAUUCAGCGACAGCCCAGGCCUGGUUCAAUGCCAUCCACUCCAGUGUCAAUGAGCUCAUCCCCAGGGUGAUUGCAGAGGUCAGAGACCAGCUGGGUAAAACAGGGAUUGCUGGAAGUCGAGAGAUUAGGCAUCUAGGCUGGCUUGCAGAAAAGGUGCCAGGAGACAACGAGAAGCGCUGGAAGCCAGUGUUAGUGGUUUUGACAGAGAAAGACCUCUUAAUAUAUGAGAGCAUGCCCCGGAUGAAGGAAGCUUGGUUCAGCCCUCUGCACACCUACCCCCUGCUAGCCACCAGGUUGGUUCAUUCUGGCCCAGGAAAAGGCUCACCACAGUCAGGGAUGGAUUUGUCUUUUGCGACCCGUACUGGCACAAGGCAAGGGAUUGAAACCCAUCUGUUCAGGACGGAGACUAGUCGAGACCUCUCACUGUGGACGAGGAGUGUGGUGCAGGGCUGCCACAAUUCUGCAGAGCUCAUCACAGAAAUCACCACAUCUUGCACAUACAAAAGCCAGGAGUGCCGCCUGACCAUCCAUUAUGAACAUGGAUUCUCUCUUACAACUGAACCACAAGAUGGUGCCUUCUCCAAGAAAAUUGCACAGUAUCCCUACGAAAAACUGAAAAUGUCUUCAGAUGAUGGGAUAAGGAUGCUUUAUUUAGACUUUGGAGGAAAAGAUGGAGAAAUUCAACUGGACCUCCAUUCCUGUCCAAAACCAAUUGUUUUCAUCAUUCAUUCCUUCCUGUCAGCAAAGAUCACAAGACUGGGCUUGGUGGCGUAAGUGGGAUCCAUCUGUUUCUUCAAAGAGAGACGGAGCAACCAUGCUCAUCUGAAGUACAGUCAACAGCAGGAACCCGUCCCAGCUAGCAGCAGACACCAGCCUGGCGUUCAGCACUGGGCCUAGGUCAUUUCUGCAGUCUUCCAAGGCCCAGGUUUCAUUUUGAUCAGCUAAAGAGAUGGCAUGACAAGGAAGACAGGGGAUUUCAUUGUAAAUAAUGAGGUUUUAAAAUCCCAUGUGAGACCGUAAAAGCGUGUAGUACCAUAGGUGUAAAUGUUUCCGAAUCAUAAAUUGUGCCUACUUCAAUGUACUUGUUUAUAUAGAAUAAGUAAAGGGCUAAGCAGACAAGAGCAUGUUGGCUGUAAUGCAAACUCAAGAUUGGCUGAGAAGUUCUCCAAACAAGAUUGUCCCAGCACCCAAAAGUAAAAGAUUCUUUUAGUUGUAACCUGUGUACCACUUACAGAAAAUUUUUAUUUUGGAGCUCUGUCAGAACCUGUUGCAUGAAUGCCAGCAGAGCAUUCAAAUACACGCCUUUGGUUGGACUCUCUGAAGCAAUACAGCUGUGGUCAGGGAACACCUGGAGGGCCCCUGCCCAGGGCAGUUUCAAAUUAAACAAUAAAGACAUGCUACAUGUACAUUCCUAGGGAUGGAGCCAAAGUAAGACCAACUCUAGGAUGUAUUGAGAGCCGGCUGUCAGUGAGCACAGGUAGGACUGUCCUGUAUUAAUGAACAUUAGGAAUGCAUUUUUAUAGUGACUUCCCAGAAUAUCUUAAUGAGUUUCAGUUAUCUGUGAUCCCCAGCUCAGGUAGAAGGUACCUGAAUCCAUGUCGAAGUGUGAUGGAAGCUUCUGCCAGCGUAUUUCCAUGGCAGUUUUCCAAAAGAAGGCCAUGCUAAGCUUCCUGUCCUACCCCUACUGUGUCACCCCCUCUCCUCAGACAAGAUGUGUGGUGUUUUCAUAGUGGUGUGGUGGUGUGGUCUUCAUAGAAGAACAAAUGUGGUGAAGGAAAAGGACUUGAUUUUAUGAGAGUUUUCAGAAAAGUUAUUCAAGCAGCUCCACAGCAGUGAGGAAAAACACACCAGGGUGGGAACAUGAGCUGUACUCCUUAACAUGGAACUGCUCCUAUGGGCAUGACUUGGCAAGUCCAGAUUUCUUGCUGGUGAAACAUAAGAUGUUCACCUCCAUGUCCCUGACUUACUAGUUCCUGUUUUGCACCACAACUUACUGCUUCUAGUCAAAGUAUGCAAUUCACUGAGUUUGAGCCUUGUUCAAUUACCUUGGGCAGCAGAAAGCAGGCAGGAACACUGACCUUCAUCAUCAGAAACGAUGCACACACAGCUUGAACCUGGAAGUAAUAGAAAUAGGAAGAAGCAGAAGAGUGAUGGCACUUACAUUGCUCUUCCUUUAUAAACAGAACUGCUUCACACCAGGGUGGAGUUUUGUCUGCUUUUAGAGUUUUGCCCUAAAUUCACACUUUGAAAGACGUGUACAGGAAGUAAUAAAUCCAAAGUUUGUGGGCAUUCGGUUGUCAUAUUACAAAAUUUCUUUUAUUCUUGAGAAAGCACAUUAAUUUCAACUUAGCAUCACUUGGCUGGCAAAGAGGAAAAUUAAAAACACAGUUUGGCUCCAUGUUGUUUUUAAGCUAAGUUUGAGAGUUAAGUGUAAGUCAUGCUGUUUAUUCACAGCAUAAGAAUUAGUUCACUGUGGUUUCCAUAGGUAUCUUAAACAUAAAAACUAACUAAAAAUUUAGGAUGAUAGGCUGAAUUCUCAAAUACAGAAAACAGUCAUUGAAGAACAGCUAAGUGCCCCUUUGGAGGAGCAGCCCCUCUGCCAGCACCUCUCACCACUCACAAGCACACCUGGGAGGGGAUUCACCUCGCUGUGAACAUUGUUUUUACUGUCACGGUACUUGCACUUAAAAAUUAAUUCCUCAUGUAAAUUCUCAAGGUAGGAAGUAACAUGUUACGUAACUUACCAAUAAUUUCCAGAUGGACAUUUCUCACUUAGUGACCACUGCCAUCCACACAACUUUCUGUGGGCAGUUACGUGGGUCUCCUUUGGCUUGGAGGCUCCUAGAAGAGCAUCUCAGAAGCUGAGAGCAGUCGGUACGCGGGGGGACGGGUCCUUGGGUAGGAACUCGUGUCACAUGAUCAAAUUAACUGUUACAACAGUUCUGUAGGUUUUAAAACAGUGAAGGUUUUAAAAAUUCAGAACAUUUUGAUCACUGUUCCAAAGUAUGACUUAAAAAUCUGGACAUGGGCUCCUAUAAAAGUUCCAGAGGUUAAAGUGAAAACUUGCAUUCUGUGGGGUAGGUAAAAUACAUCUGUAAACUAUACUGCACUAUUUCCUUACUCCUUUAACACUUAAAAAUCACUGGAAUGUUAUCCUUAACACGUAUGUGCAUUGUAAAUAUUACAAAUUCCUAUAUUAGUACCAACAAUUAAAUGACACAAAAUGUAAUCUAAGGUGCUCAGUACUAUAUGAAGUCUAAGUGAAUAACUAAGCAGUUUGCAAAGAAGAUUCAUAUAUAUAUUUAUAGAAAAAAUAAAUGAUAAUUACAGAUGCUAUUUCUUCAUUUUCAGAUUUUGAACUGAUUCAUAUUUGGAUGGGAUAGACAAAUUAAAUAUGGACCUACUCCACAUUUAUAAGAGUAUAGUGAAUAUUUAUAUUUUAGAGGAAAAGAAUAUAUUUAAUAAAGUCAUUUAUUGGAUUUUUGUGAGGUGAGCUUACUUUGUACCCAGACAAACUAUUUGGAAGGCUGUUCUUUGGUUUUGGGCUGGGGAAAAAGACAUUUAAACUUCAGUUCUUUUGUUAAGAGUUCCGUUACUUGAGAGAACUGUUCAUUGCAUUGAUGGAAUGACUUUUAAAAAUUUAAAAUUAAAAAAACCUGAAAGCUCACAGGGAUGUUCCAGAGCAGGUCAUUCAGACUCCUCUGCUGAAGUUACAAUGCUUUCUCUGUUGCUUAUACUGCACUAGGCAGUUACAGAAGUCAUAAAAAAAAAAAGAAAUUUCUGCUCAAGCUUCUGCAUUCAAGGACUGAGGUCAACAUGUGCCGUGUUUCUCUUAUGAACAGUUAUAGAAAAAAAGAUGGUUUCCUUCCCUUUAACUUAAACUCUUAAUUUAGUGGCCCAAAUAGAAAACCUAACUGGAAAUUUAAGGCUGGUUUUUUCAGUUUGACCUGAGGUAUAACAGACCAGCCUCAUGGAAAUCCAAAAAAGGAAUAUUCCAGAGUCUCACUCUUUUCACAAAAUACUGACUGUAAAUUGAACAGUCGGAUCAGAAAGUUUGUAUAGCAGCUUCACCGUUAGAAAGAUCUGGAUACGUAUUGGAACAUAAAUGUCAUUGGAAAAAUGUGAUAUAAAGUGUUUGUUAAAAA